AUGGCUUCUUCAUUUCUCGGACCCGAGACUCCUCGGCCUCUAUCAGUAGCUACCGAAGGGUAUCAGAACCGCUAUAACAUUCCACAGUUAGGCGAAUCAGAGAAAUAUGUUUUUGGUGGACAAUACGACGAGAAGUUGUUUACGUUGAUCCACAAAUAUUUGGAGUUAGGAACAACAGAUCGGUUCUGUUACAUCGGGGACAGCAAAGGAAGUUUCGCUCAGAGAAUAGUGGACAAAUUCUGCCUCCUUGAACCGGCCAUGUCCGUUAUACCGGGUCAUUAUAGCUACGUAGAAACGGACACGGAGAAAGUUCUCUCGAUACGAGUUGCGCAUGUCGGAGCUGAAGAGUACUUCCGGCAGUUAGCGAAAAGUCGGGACACAAACAAACCCCAGUUUGAUAAAGUGAUCAUAAUAGAUGCAAUUCGUUAUUUUGAGAAUCCUAUUGAUGUGUUUGAGAAUAUUAUGAAAUGUCUUUCAAAACAAGGAAAACUGCUGAUAAUCCAUCGACCAGGCAAGAUAACAACACUACCGGUUUUUAGGGAUGCUCAACAAAGAGUUGAAGAGAACGAGACACCUUACAUGGAUAUUAUAAAUGCCUUACAGGCUUGUAAACUGGACGUUCAAUGGGAAUUAGAAUGCCUCCCAGUAAUUGUGCCAAAACGGAAGUGGUAUUCGAUGCUGCGCGAGAAGUUUCCCCCACAAAUGGAAAUUUUGAGUAGUUCUGAGAUCAUUUCCGGUGUGCGCGAGUUGUCGGAAGGAGUCUUAAAGUACACGACGCAUUGUGAGCCUGUCGAAUUUCUGGAUAGACUGUUGUUUAUUUCAGUUUCUCCAUCGACCUUAGAGUGUGGUUACCCGCGAUGUAACCGUUACGGGGUAGGAGAUGUUAGCAACGUGGACAUGAAAAAUCUCAGAUUUUCCAUGCAAAUGACACCGGAAAUCAAACAAAUGGUUCCCACGCCUGCAGAAGUAGCCAAGGCCAAAGCCAAACGGCCACUGACGAGAAGUGAACGUCGGGAAGCGGAGAAUCCUUGGGUUUGGAAAACGUAG